AAUCUCUAGGUUUUUGAUUUUGAAACUUGACGAACUCUUUUUUUUUUGCAAUUUCUGGAUCCGAGUUUUGGUUUCUCUGACAAGUUACCGAUCCGAUAUUUGAUAUGGCCGAUUCUAGGAAACGAGAUUCCGGAGACGAUCACCGUGAUGAUCAGCCAAAUGAGGAUGUAUCAAAUUCGUCGUCGACGAUUGAUGAUUCUCGAUUUAGUGGAUCCGAAGGAGAGAAUGAAUCGACGAGGAUCGAGAGUAGAGUUUCAGAUCCGUUGACUGAUACAACCGGAGGAGACUUUUUGGUUGGUGAGGAUAGGGUUUUGAGGUGGUUGCAAGCUUUAGAUAUGCAAGUUAUGGGAGCUUGUCGAGGUGACGAGAGAUUGAAGCCGUUGUUGAAGCUUAACGUUUCUAAUGGAAUGGCUGAAGAUCGAUUGCUUGCUCAUCUUAGUCAGCACUUCGAGCCGGCGGAAAUUGGUAUGCUGGCUAGAUGUUUUUGCAUACCUCUGGUUUCGGUUCGCGUCGGGAAGAUUAAGAAGGAAGGAACUCUAAUGCGCCCCACUCCCAUAAGGGGUAACUUGAGCCUUAUGGUCUUGCCAACAUCUGACUUGAGACUCUCAUUUAUCGGAGACAAUGGUCAUUCAGAACAACUUUUUACGUAUACCAGCAAAUCUCAGUGCUCUGCGGUGUCAAUUGAGGAGAUAACUGCGGACAGCUCUGGUAGAUCUUUUGUUAUAAGGAUCGCAGAUGGCAAUGCUUUUUACUAUUGGUGCUCAGAGAAGUCAAAACUUCUGGGAACUGAAUUGCGUAGGAAGAUGAAAGACUUGAUCAAGAAGAAGCCAUCAAUCUCGGAACUAACUGGAAUUGAAGAAUCACGACUUGGCUCUGUUGCUUCUCAUCUCCGUUUGUAUCUUAUGGGUUCAGUGGUACCUAACAUCAAAGGUGUUCCGGUCUCAUCUCCUGAUUCAUCAUCAUCUUCUGGCUCUUCUGAAACAGCUGAUUCCUCCUCCUCGAGUGCAUCAUCGAAAUCUCUUAGAGCACGCCACGGUGGGACUCAACUGACAAAGACCCAAGGAAGCCUCAGCCCUAGAGCAAGCUCCUUCAAAGAAAACACACUGAGAAACUCUUCUCUACGUAUCUCCUCUAGAGAUAAAUCAAAGCGACGCAGUGAAGCCCAUUUCUCAAUCUUUGAUAAUUUAUCAGUUACCUCUAUCCCCACCAAAGUAGAGGGUUUUAUCCAGUCAGAAGGAGAAGGUGAAGAAGUUACUGAGAAUAAUAAUGGAAUCAGUCAAAUUAUUGCUUUCGAAGAAGCUGAGUCAACACCAAGUACAAUGACCGGACCUCCCCCAUUUCCUUUGAAGAUGGGUCCACCCGUCUUUUCUCCUUAUUAUUGCUGGUGCCCUCCAACCACCUCAUCGCUUCACGCACCAUCUGCUUCUUAUCAGUUCCCUCCACUAUCCAUCGAGCUACCUUCCCUUCCGCCUCUUUCUUCCUUGUUACCAGCAUCAGGAUCGGAUGGGUUCUUGAUCCCGUCAUCACCGCUCGAUCUCUCUGACAUCCCUCCAUUACCAUUAGUCCACCACAUACCCAUUCCAGGCUCAUCAUCAUCAUCAUCCCAGCAACAGAUGAUGAUUCCUAUAAUGUGCGACCCUAUUGUUCAUAUUCCAGUUAUCGAUAUCUACUCUUCGGGUCAAGGCUAUCUGGUUAGCACUGGACCCACCGGGAUGAUAUCCACGGGCAUUCCUCCGCUCCCAGUGGAGAAUGAUUCGCUGGUCGAGAAAGGUGCAAGAGAAACACUACGAUUGCUCAUAAGCGGAGCCAAUGCAACAACCUCUACACCUUUGAACCACCAUGGAAGCAGAGGUCUAUACAGUGGGAGCCGGGACGUGAGUGGUAUGAGCUUGUUUGGACCUAUUGGGCUGCAACAACCGAGUUCAGUUGACGGAGGAGAUGGUGGUGGUGAGAGUGUGAGCUCAGGCGAAGCAGUGCCUGCGCCUCCCAGAGAGACUUCUGGUUAGUUUUUUUGGUUCUUUGUAAGUGUGGUUCCGAAAAAAAGUGUAUAGAAAGUGGGGGUCGUUGAAACUCAUCUCUCGCUUAGUUCUUGGUUUUGUUCAUCAAGUCUUUCGGUUCAGGUGUAAUUAGUCGGGUUUUUUUUGUAGCUUGCUUAUUAUUACCUUUUGUUAUUUCCGAGUUUCAAAGGAAGCUAAGAAAUACGAUCAUAAUAAAAGUUAGUAUUUUGC